AUGCUUCGGGCCGAGUUGAUUACAAUAUACCAUCAGUUGCACAAAGGUCGAGGCACGGAACUGUUUAGGGAAUCUAAGCAGGCUCAGAACAAAGUCAGAGUAGAAAGGAAGAAGUUGCAUCAGGCCGCCAAGGAUGAGCAACACAAGAAAUUUUUCGAGAAUGUUGGAAACCACAUCAUUGAGCAAAACUAUCAGGGCAAGUCGGUUAGCUUUGAACCAGACACCUCUCAUGUGAUACCGGAGAGAAAAGCCCUUGCAGACCUCGAAUUCAAGAACAGAGAUGUGGACAAAGUCAAUGAUGCAGAGCUGGUCAAGGACCGUAUCCAUUCCCUUGAGCUGCGCCUGGCUCUGCACUACCUCAAUGUGCCAAAGACAUUGCAGAAGCGAAUCCGUUUCGACCAGCCUCCAGCUGAUGUGGCCUCCGAGAAGAUUAUUCCAUUAAAGAGCGACAGUGGACUCGAGUGCCCAGCUUGCCUUGGUCGCUCUAACAUGCAUACUAGAGCAAAAAAGUACAUAUACGCUCGCAAGGAUAUUCUUCAGAGGCAUUUCAGAACCCACAAGCUACCUAGGAUCUUUCCCAAAGGCCGUGAAUGUGACUAUCCUGGCUGUGAUGCUGUUUUACGUUUCCUUCCACAGUAUAUGUUUCACCAGGGAGAAGUGCACAAGAUUUUCUUAUAG